GCAGUCACUGGGUGAAAAAGAUACGUGUUCCAUCCCAAGGAGUAGAAAGUGUGUUUGAACUGCACGUUCCAGGAGGAAACCAUGACACAAAGAAGGAGUGGGCGGGAACGUUAUCAGCUUCUAUUUCCUUCAGAGAUGUCAUUUUGACCAGCUUCCCUGCCACUCCUCCUCCAUCUCCUCCUCUGUCAUGCCUCCAGCCAGAAUAGGAAGAGAAAGCUUGGUCUCUGCUCUGAAAUGAUAUUCCUUGCUAACCCCUGAGGAGAAGGUGGAUUGAAGGCCACGGACAAGGAGAGAAGUUUCAGAAAGAAUUCAAAAGUGAAAUCAUGAGGACAUCUCCGCAGACUGAUGAAGGCCCAGGAGGGACUGUGCAAAGAUGUCAUCAGGGAAAAUCCCUCUUCCUUUGUGCUCUGCUCUUCACUGCUGUCAUUGGUCUUGUGCUAGCCAUUGUCUUCUCCAUCAUUACAUGCAAUCUAGAAAGCUGCAAUACUUCGUCGUGCCUUGUGCUCCUGGCCAGAUUGCAGAAGGCCCAGAAUGGCACCAUUGAUCCUUGUGAAGACUUCUUCAGUUACGUGUGUGGCAACUGGGAACCUAAUAGCACAUGGGGCAUGGACAGACCCUCAGUAAAUGUGUUUGAUGUGGUUUUGGAAGAAAACCUUCUCAUCAUGAAGAAGCUUUUAGAGGAAUCACCACUUGGGGAUAAUGGCUCAGCUCAGGAGAAAGCCAUGCGGUUUUAUGCCUCCUGCAUGAAUACGGAUCAGAUUGAAGCUCAAGGUGCUGAGCCUUUGAAGGAGCUCAUAAAUAAGAUUGGUGGUUGGAAUAUCACUGGCUCCUGGAAAGAAACAGAUUUUAACCAAACUCUUCAGAUACUCAUGGAAAAAUACAACACAUUUCCAUUCUUCAGAGCAUAUGUGGGACCCAGUUCAUCUGAUCCAAGCACCAAUAUUAUCCAGAUUGACCAUCCACAAUUUGAGUUGCCACUAAAAUAUGAUCUUGAAAGAAAUGUGAAUUAUCCCUGGGUCGUACAUUCAUAUUACUUGUAUCUAAAGAAGCUAGGAGAGCUGAUGGGAGGCCACACAAAUGCUACUUCUACCUACUUUUCCUUGGUAUUGUCCUUUCUCUCAAACCUCCAGAAGGUUGUUACUCCCCUGAAGAAGCGACAGGAGAAAAGGAUGCUAUUUUACCACACCACCAUCAGGAAGCUGCAGGAAAAGGCUCCUGCUAUCGACUGGCUGUCAUGCCUUCAGGCAGCUUUCCAUCCCAUGCAGCUAAACAUGUCUCAAACAAUUGCUGUGCAUGACAUGGAUUAUUUGAAAGGAAUGUCACAACUUAUUGGAAAGUGGCAAAACCGGAGAGAUGUAUUACAGAUCUACAUGAUACUUUGCCUAAUUGGAAAUCUCUCCCCAACCCUGGACAGCCAAUUCCAGAAAGCUCAUCAAGAAUUUGUACAUGUGCUUGAUAGUAGGAUGAGGAAUACAGACACGAUGACCACUGAGCGAUGGAGGAAAUGCCUGAGUGACACUAGCACAUUCUUUGGACCUGUUCUUGGGAAGAUGGUUGUGCAGGAGAUUUUUCCCCAGAAGGCCAAGGAUCUCGCAGAAGAGAUUUUUUCUGAGAUCCGAGAUGCCCUUCACAGCCAUCUAGAUCAAGUUAAUUGGAUGGACUCCCAAUCCCGCCAAGAAGCCAAGGAGAAAAUUUAUAGACUCCAAGUGGAGAUUGGCUAUCCAGAAAGCAUCCACCAAACAAACAAAGCUGACGAUGAGUAUCAAGAGCUGAAGAUUGAGGAGAAUAACUUUUUCCACAAUGUGGUUGCCUGCCUGAAGUCUCUGCAGAAAAGGCUCUUGCUCAGACUUGUCAGUCCCCAUCUGCACGAUAAUUGGGAAGUGGCUCCUUGGUCUGUCCAUUCCUACUAUUCACUGAGGCGCCAUGCUGUAGUUUUUCCUGCUGGGAUGUUUCGCAAUCCUUUCUUCCAUACUGAAUUUCCCAGUGCUGUCAACUUUGGAGUCAUGGGUUUUUUCAUGGCACAUGAACUACUGCACUCCUUAUAUGAUUAUGUGUUGCCCAAGAACUGUUCUACUUGUGGCAUGGAUAUACCAGCAGAAGGUAAAGAUUGUCUGGUGAAACAAUAUGAGAACUACUCCCUGAAGGGCCAUGGUGUCAAUGGCUCCUUCACACUCCUGGAGAAUUUAGCUGAUACUGGAGGACUUGCCAUUGCUUACCAGGCUUAUGAAAACUGGUUGGCAAAGCACAAAGGGGUAACAAAUUUACCUAGGUUUGGGCUGUCACACCAUCAACUCUUCUUUGUCAGCUUUGCCCAUGCAAUGUGUGGGUACCAGAGCCUUGAGAGUCUGCAAGCCUUCUUACACAGGGAUCCCCACAGCCCCUCUCCCCUCCGUGUGAUUGGGUCUUUAAGCAACAGCCAGGAUUUCUCUAGACAUUUCCAAUGUCCAAGUGAGUCACCGAUGAAUCCAACUCUUAAGUGCCACAUCUGGUGAGAUGAUCUCAAGAGCAGAUGGGACAGUUAAUGCAGAAGACAGAGAUUGGGGCUAUAAAGUCAUGAUUCAGUAUGUCAAUCAUGCUUGUUGCAAGGGUCUAUUCCAUUCCUUCAUGGUGCAGUGCUGCUUCCCCCACUCCUGUUCUCCAACUGUCUAUGUGAAAGAAGGUUCCAUCCAUUUAUGAAAAUGGAAAAGAAGAGAACAUACUGCACUGUGGACAUUCUCUACUACUUUUAAAAAGCAUUUUGUAAAAAUCAUUUUGUAAUCAGACAAAAGAAAAGACUCCAUCUGAGAACCAAAGAAGUGAAACUCGAAACAUUGAGAUGAGAGACACUAAGAUUCAGUGUGUGCCAAAGCAUGUUAAAAUUCAAUCCAUGGUUGACGUUGGAAAUUUGUGUUUGGGUUGAAUCAAUUCAGAAAGAAGAUAAUGGCUGACUCAACAUGCAAAACUGUUUCACAUGAAUAAGGACAAGAAAAAUUUGCUCUUACCUCCUAUUUUACAUGUUAAUUUCCUUUAAAUUCAAGACCCUUUUGUACAGAGAAAAUGGCCAUCACAGUGACAGCUUGAUCUUCUAAAUAGUCCCCAGAUAACCCUAAUUAAAAAUCAUAACCUGUUUUCUAUCUUCAUGAUGUAGCCCCUGGAGACAAAGCAAUGAGUACAGCUAUGUUUUUGUUCAGAAAUCAUAUCAAAACAUAGUUUGCACUUCCUAGUUUGCAAAAAUCACUUCCAAUUAUGAUUUUAGAUUACAAUUUCUAAUUCUGAUUCCCAAUUAGAAAACCAUAGUUUAUCAAUCAGUUGAGGCAUCAUACCAUGUUGUAAGUUAUGCUUUUAUGUAAUACUUGAAUUAAUCUUAAAUAAAUCUAUAUAUUGUU